AUGUCAGGUCUUGAAGUGAUUGGCAGCAUUUCUGCCAUUAUCGGAAUUAUUGAUGCCUCGAUCAAGAUAUUCAAGGGUAUGCGGCAGGACAAGAAAUUAUCCGACAAUUUCAAGGUAGUCGGGGCCCGAUUGCCGAUCCUCCUCGAUUCCCUGCAGACAUGCAGGAAUCAUCUCGAACCAGCGAAAGACCGCUUGCCGGCAGAUGUUUGUAAAUCUUUGGAACAGGUCCUUGAUGAUUGCGAUGAAAAGGCCAGUAAAUUGCGGCAAAUCUUCGAAAAGGUCAUUCCGGGUGAAGAUGACGCGGCGGAAAAACGAUACUUGAAGCUCAUCCGAAGAUUCGGUAAAGGGAACAAGGUUGAAGAGCUGAUGGCAUCUAUCACCAAGGACGUCCAGCUCAUCGUCAACAAUCAUGCGGUCAAGUCUGCCAGUCCGAAUCAGAACAACCAGCUUGCAAGGGUCAUUCAAGAAAUGGAGUCCCUCAAAUCGGAUACUUCGGACGAAAGCUCAGGAUUCCAGUUCAAUAGCGGAGGGGGUGCGCAAACCAACAAUGUUAACAGCGGCAGUGGGCAACAAAUCAAUAACAAUGCAGCCGUGGGAACUCAGAACUUUGGUAAAUUUUCUUAG